AUUGUCAUCACAAAUUCAUAUUAAGUAAAGUUAAAAUCAAAUGAAAUAAACUAAAAUAUUUAACUAGACUUGUGUGGACUCUCCGAAGAAAGUCCUCCAAAAAUUGGCGUAUGCCACUGUAAGCGGCGAGCACACGGUAUUCUUUAGUAAAAGGCGAAAGAAUAGUUCGCUUUGUGCUCACCGCGUGGCUGCGUAAGUAUAAUUGGUAAAGAGGCUUGCUUUUUAUAGUAUUAGAACUAAGCUCACUGUACUUCACAAUCGAUGUGGGACUAAAAAACUGAAAUGACUUUACGAAAAUACAAGGCAAUAUUAAACAGUCAUAUUUUCUUUCUUCCCUUUUUCAUAAACAAUGAUUGCAUCAGGUUAUUGAUCCAACCAAAGUACCUAACUCAUAAAUCAAACUGAAAAAAAAAAAAAAAACUAAGAAAGAAGAGUAAUCUGUCUUGUCUUAUGAUAUCAUGGUUUUAUGAUUAGAAUACUGAAAUAAUAAAAAAAAAAAUACAGAGUACAACAAAGUAUGCAUAUUUAAGAGAUAAGCAAACAGAAGAAGACAGUGCAAGGUACAAGCAGUAAGAGCAGUCUCAAUCUCAAAGAAGCUGACUUUCUUCAUACUAUUUGAUUCGAAAGCUUUCUCUGAAGAGUGCAAAGUGUUAUGGUAAUUAUAUGCACUGAUUGUCAUAUUCUUUCUAUAGAAGCGUUAAUUGGGUACACAGAAUAGUAAGAAGAAAAAAAUGAAGUUAACGCCAAGAGAGGUUGAAAAAUUAGGUCUUCACAAUGCUGGGUUCCUCGCUCAGAAGCGUCUUGCUCGUGGUUUGAAGCUCAACUAUACUGAAACAGUGGCUCUCAUAGCCACACAGAUUUUAGAGUUUGUCCGAGAUGGUGACAGAACUGUGGCAGAAUUGAUGGACUUAGGGAAACAAUUCCUAGGAAGGAGACAUGUUCUCUCUGCUGUUCCACAUCUCUUGGAUACAGUACAGGUUGAGGGGACCUUUCCUGAUGGGACCAAAUUAAUAACCGUUCACAAUCCAAUCGCCAGUGAAAAUGGAAAUCUGGAGCUAGCUUUACAUGGUUCUUUUCUUCCAGUGCCUUCGUCAGACAAAUUUGCUAGCAUAGAAGAUGAUGAGAAUCCUGGUCAUAUAAUACAUGGAUAUGGGGACAUUAUGCUUAAUCCAAGAAGGAAAGCAGUAGUCAUCAAAGUUACCAAUACUGGAGACAGGCCGGUUCAGGUUGGCAGCCACUAUCACUUCAUUGAGGUUAAUCCCUUCUUAGUUUUUGAUCGAAUGAGAGCAUAUGGCAUGCGCCUCAAUAUACUAGCUGGAACAGCCACAAGAUUUGAGCCAGGGGAGUGCAAAAGUGUUGUACUUGUAAGCAUAGGAGGUAAUAGAGUAAUCAGAGGAGGUAACGGCAUUGUAGAUGGUCCAGUUGAUGAUGCCAGGUGGGAAGAAGUCUUCAGAACUUUAAAUGAAAGAGGAUUUGGAAAUAAGGAAGAAGCAAAUGCUAGUGAAGGUAUUACUGGAGAAGGCUUGCCUUUCAACAUGGUAGUUUCUCGUGAGGCAUAUGCUAACAUGUAUGGGCCUACUACUGGAGACAAAAUUCAGCUAGGUGAUACUGAUUUGUAUGCUGAAAUAGAAAAAGAUUUUUCUGUUUAUGGCGAGGAGUGCGUGUUUGGCGGUGGAAAAGUUAUAAGAGACGGGAUGGGGCAGUCAUGUGGGCAUCCAACUGACGAAUCUUUAGAUACUGUUAUUACUAACGCCUUGGUAAUUGAUUAUAGUGGAAUAUAUAAAGCAGAUAUUGGUAUCAAAGGUGGUCUUAUUGUUUCCAUUGGGAAAGCUGGCAAUCCGGAUGUUAUGAAUGGUGUAUCUCCCAACAUGAUUAUUGGGGUCAACACCGAGGUUAUUGCGGGUGAAGGAAAGAUUUUAACUGCAGGGGCCAUAGACUGUCAUGUACAUUUUAUAUGCCCUCAGUUGGCAUAUGAAGCAAUAUCAAGUGGCAUCACAACUGUUGUUGGGGGUGGAACAGGACCUUCAGAAGGAACCCGUGCAACAACUUGCACCCCGGCACCUUUCCAAAUGAAACUAAUGCUGCAAUCAACUGAUGAGCUGCCUUUAAAUUUCGGUUUUACGGGGAAGGGUAACAGUUCAAAACCUGAUGAGCUACAUGAAAUAAUUAAAGCCGGAGCAAUGGGACUGAAGCUACACGAGGACUGGGGAACUACUCCUGCAGCAAUAGACAAUUGUUUGACUGUUGCAGAACAAUAUGACAUUCAGGUUAAUAUCCAUACAGAUACCUUGAAUGAAUCUGGAUUUGUGGAACACACAAUUGCUGCCUUCAAAGGGAGAACAAUUCACACAUAUCAUAGUGAAGGUGCAGGUGGAGGUCAUGCUCCUGACAUCAUUAAAGUAUGUGGAGUGAAAAAUGUGUUGCCAUCAUCAACGAACCCUACUCGACCAUUCACCUUUAAUACCAUAGAUGAGCAUCUUGACAUGCUGAUGGUCUGUCAUCACCUUGACAAGAACAUCCCGGAAGAUGUAGCUUUUGCCGAAUCAAGAAUAAGGGCAGAAACAAUUGCUGCAGAAGAUAUUUUGCAUGAUAUGGGCGCAAUCAGCAUUAUAUCUUCUGAUUCACAGGCUAUGGGUCGCAUUGGGGAGGUGAUAACUAGAACUUGGCAAACUGCUCACAAGAUGAAAUCACAAAGAGGGUCAAUUGAUCCAACUGGAUCAAACAAUGACAACUUUCGAAUCAAACGAUACAUUGCAAAGUACACUAUUAAUCCAGCAAUAGCUAAUGGGAUUUCUCAGUAUGUUGGUUCAGUUGAGGUGGGCAAGUGGGCUGAUCUUGUGCUAUGGAAGGCACCAUUUUUUGGAGCUAAACCAGAAAUGAUCAUCAAAGGUGGUGUAAUUGCAUGGGCUAAUAUGGGUGAUCCAAAUGCUAGCAUCCCCACACCUGAGCCGGUGUUGAUGAGGCCCAUGUUUGGAGCAUUUGGCAAGGCUGGCAGCACCAACUCCAUUGCAUUUGUCAGCAAGGCUGCUUUAGAAAAUGGUGUCAAAACCUCGUAUGGACUGAACAAAAGUGUAAAAGCAGUGAGCAAUGUGAGGAAUCUGACCAAACUGGAAAUGAAGCUGAAUGAUGCCCUCCCAAACAUCACAGUUGACCCUGAGACAUACACAGUCACAGCAGAUGGUGAGGUUCUCACCUGUGCUGAAGCCACAACAGUUCCCCUAUCUAAGAAUUACUUCCUCUUUUAGUCUCCUUACACCAUCUCCGGGGUAAAUUUUGUGCUAAAUGCACAAAGUGUAAACUAACAGAAAAAUUCAUCAAUGUUUAUUGAAAAUAUAAACCAAUAAAUAUAUAUAAUGAAAAUGAUAAAUUGCGGUAUAAAUACUUAAUGUUUUAGAUUUUAUACACUUAAAUAUCUUAUUUUUAUUUUGGAGGUAAAAA